AGGAAUGCGGCGAGUCGGUUGGCUACGAGCACGUUCUGACCGGAUUGAUUGCCAUUCUACGGUAUGUGUGAUAGGGUAGGCGAGGCAGCGUCAGGAGACUGAAGGGAGGGCUAGGGUACAUGACGUAUUAAGAGUCUAUUGUCUAGGGUUACGUUUGGGGCGAGCUAUGGCUUCGAAUGCAUCGAGGCUUACAUUAGGCAGAUAUCUCCCUUCACCUCUCUUCCCCCGACAGAGCGUGUAUCGACGAGGACUCAGAUUGUAUGCACUGGUACUCUUCCAGGCUCGCCGCCGGGGCAGGGACCUCCGUGGCCUGCUGUCCCCGAACAUCAUUCUAACCCCCACGUAUGGAACCUCCCAGACGACGGUCUCUGUUCGACACGCUGCUGUCUGUCCCCCACGCAUCUCCUCCCUCAGACGGCUCGGUACCCGGCAGGGCCGUCCCGUCGUGGGGGUGUUGACAUUUAUGGUUCUCCUCUCAGGGGAAGUUGUGAGCAUGUUUUUCUCACAAGGUCCUCACUCUUAUGUCUCUUGCCCUUUGGUGUGCAGUAGGGUUGCAUCGGCCGGAGCUCGAUUGCAAUUCCGAACAUACCGCGGGAUCUCCUUGGCCGCAUGCAUUAAAUUCCAUAUGAUACAUAGGUAAGUUAAAAGUAUGACCCGUGUGUCCCGCCCGC